AUGGCACAGACGAGCAAACCCAGGGCUGCCUCGACAGAUCAGAAGACGUCGUGGUCAUGGAAGAGGCUCUUUGGCAAGGACGAUCAGACCAAUGCUCAACCUGCAGUUCUGGCGGACGAUUUGCAGAAACCCGGCAUUGCUCGACGAUUGUCAAGAAAGGCGGUGCCUGGCUUACCUCGCGCAGGCACGUUUAAGAGACAGCAGUCGGAGUUGCGCGAUCGAUUGGAACCCGUCAUACCCAAACCCGAUGAACGUCGCACGGUAUCAGUCGAUCGAAGACGAAACAUUUCCGACCGAAGCUCAAUUAGUGCCAUUGCGAACCCUCUUCCCCGACUCAGUGCCCCUGAGCUCUUGGAGACGCAAGAAAAAAGAGAAACCGUUGAUGACCUCUUGAAGGAAGAGAAAAUCACUAUCGAAACAGCACCCGAGGAAGAAGCUCAGGAUUAUGUGGAUGUCGAAAAGAACGUUGAGAAUGGACCCUUGGCUAUUGACACGCAGUCCAUCUCGACUGCGGCCUUUGAUGAGAUUAUACUGGAAGAGCUCGAGAAGCGAUGGAUUUUGAAUCUGAGCAUGCAUUUCCGGGACAGGUCGAAGCGAGAAAAGUUCUUUGUCACCUUUGCAGAAACCCCAACGCAUUGGAGACGGGUAACAGUAUCCUUGGACUACAGAAAUGCCCCGCCAGGGUCUCUGGAAGAUGAAUUGCUUCGCACCAGAUUUCAGAGGGACAAGAGUGCUCGGAUUUAUGAAGCUAUCCGCGAAUCGCUUGCGGACAUUCAAUUCUAUGAAACGGUCACAAAUCUCAAGUUACAGACAGAGAAUGAACGUCUACAUGUACAUGUGGUGGAAGACGUCUCGGAAAUAAUUCAAUACCCUCCAGUCAGAGCCAUUAAUCACCUUAAUUGCAGAAGAGUCCGAGAGGAUGAGCUUGUAUUUGACUCGCAUCUUUCGGGGUUUGUCUACAAGGUGCGGGUCGGCGGGCAAGUCUUUAUCAAGAAAGAGAUCCCAGGAGCAGAUACUGUCGAUGGAUUUUUAUAUGAGAUCAAUGCUCUACAUCAACUCGCUGACUCGCGCAGCGUAAUCCAAUUUGGAGGUGUUGUUCUUGACAAUAGAGGCGAGUGUGUCAAAGGGCUUCUAAUCAGUUUUGCAGAGCAAGGCGCACUGAUUGAUGUGAUCUAUGACGGAGAAGGGAAUAUCUCUUGGAGAAGGAGAGAAAGAUGGGCUAGACAGAUUGUUCAAGGUCUCGCGGAAAUUCACGAGGCCGGCUUUGUUCAAGGAGACUUCACCCUUUCAAACAUUGUCAUUGAUAACCAUGAUGAGGCCAAAAUCAUAGAUAUUAAUAGGCGUGGUUGUCCCGUUGGAUGGGAGCCUCCAGAAGUCCGCGAUCUCAUUGACAGCAACCAGGGGAUUUCGAUGUACAUUGGAGUUAAAUCUGAUUUGUUCCAACUGGGAAUGGUUCUCUUUGCCCUAGCCACCCAGCAUGACGAGCCAGAAACCCUACGGCCUUUUGAUAUGGGUAGCUUUCCCUCGGAGAUUCCUGUUUAUUUUCGAGAGAUUUGCCAUCGAUGUCUCGAUGAGGAUCCCAGGCGCCGUUUGCAAGCUUCGACACUGCUAAAAUCAUUCCCAGAAAUGGAAGAUUCCUUCCAUGAUGAGCCUCUACGCGCAGUACCAAUUGUGGUUGAUGCCCAACAUGUAGAUGAGAAGGAAUUCCCCGGAUACCAAGGAAAAUCUGGAGUCCAUAGCCCCCCGUAUACCCCUUCAGGACUGGACCGGACAAUCAACGUUCAUGACUACGCGGUAACAGAUGUUUCAGAUGAUUUUGACUACUAUCCAAGGAGGGGAAGGUCACCUCCGGCACCAAACAGGACGGAGACGGCAGGAACCUCGAUGCCCUUUUCUACAGCUAGCAGUCAAUAUCCCCAGGCUCUUGGCCGUGUCCCGCGUACCAGCGUUCUUUCUCCCGAGAGUAUUCCACUUCCAGACCCCAGUAAUGCAUCGGACUACCUGAAUAGCACCCGGGAUACCACUGGCUCAACAGGAGUUGACAUCAUGUCUGCUAUGGAUUCCAAUGGCAUCGAAAGCAGUGUUCAGAGUGCUGACGCGACACGCCUCAGUACAGGGUUCGAUUUUCUGGAUUUUGCAACCAAGCGCCCUUCUGAUUCCAAAGCCUCAACGUCACAUACGGCGCCCGAAUUAAUGCAACGAGAUACAACUCGAAAGGAUUCCAAGUUGAGCGUUUCUAGACCCGAAUAUAUGGACGAGAAAUCUUUCCUAAAUAGAAGCGAUACCAUUGAAGUCAACCUCAUAGGUUCCCAUGGUCCCCAUCAAGGAUUACAGCACUCAGACCAAGACGAUAUGGACCAAUGGACCACCCCAGAAACAGGAGAAUCGCGUUCCACAGUAGCGAUUCCCGAAAUAUCAGAAAUAUACCCCGCGGAAUUGACAGGUGUUGGCGCUCACAAUUCGGGCAGCCAUUUUCAGAUUCCUCCGAAUUUAGAUGACGAUUUUACGACAGAAACGCAUUAA